GCCCCAAUUUAUUCCAAUUGGUAGACCAUUUGAAUCCUGCGUUGGUCUGAUGCGCAAGAGUAGAACAAGCGUUGCAAGAAGUGCUGUGCAUUUUGGAGAGGGACGAUUAUUCUUUCAUGUGUUGUGUUUGCGCGCAGUUGACGCGGCUCAAACCUCGGUCAACAGUGGAACUGGAAGGACGCAUCAAUACGUCCGUCGUCGCUAAACUUCUGUCGAUCGACUUCGUCGUGUGUUGUACGUUAUUUCGUAAAAUAUAAGUGUGACAAGUGUUGGUUCUAUAAAGAGAAACAUUUGAGUUUGGUGUUUGCCUUUUACAAUGGCCAUACCAUUUGAUGUUUCAUCAGAUGAAAAGCUGGAUCAGCUUUUCACUCGUUUGUACGAGAUCCUUCAACAGAUCUAUCAUCUCACUCAGCAAACAGCAUCAGGACAACAACCCACUAUCACCAGAGUUCGUUGUUCAGCUGGUGCGUCUCGACAUAUUCAGGAUCACCAGAUUCAUUCAAGUUAUCCUGCAGUAUUGCCAGAGAUAGUAAACGAUCUGGCCCUCCUGCCCCGUCCGUCGGCUCAAUAUCUGGAAGGUGAAGCCGUUCUACAGCCCCAGGCCAUGCCGACACCUCGACGCCGUAAGCGUCGUCGAACCAGCUCAAAAUCUUGUUGCGAUGCGAACAAGUCCGUUGAAGCAGCAACCGUCGAAGAUGAUGGCCACCAGGUAUGGACCCAAGUAGGAAUGCCGCUUUUGAAAAUGGCAAAAGAUUUCGACCCGUCUGAACAACAGUUUACCUGCAAGGAGAAAAAUGAUGAUGAAGUAACCGGUGCCAAGGAAGAUUCUUGCCAGUCCGAAAGUAUUUUUUCGAAAUUGGUUCCUGACCUUUCGAGCAAAUCCAUUUGGACGGCGGUGAUCUGCGUGGUGGGGUGGCAUCUUUUAAGGACUCGGUAAUUUGUUCGUCCGAUAAAAAAUGCACAAAUCAUCCAAAGCUGUAGCGAUUUCUGCGGACAAGGCCGCUAGAGAAAUCCAGUGAUGUUGUAAAUAAAGUAUAGUGUUUGUUUAUUUUGAUAAGGAAGAUAUUGGCAUUAGAGAGAUGGGCAAAAUUUGAUUGUUUUUUGUUUUGAUUUGUGCUUGUGAAGCGUUAUUUAUAAGAAGCGAAUCCAGAGAAUUUUAAAUAAUUAUGUAUAUUAUUAUGGUUCAGUGUUUCAAAGGUAUUUCUUCCAAAGAACACGAAGCUAAUCAAAUAAUUGAUCUCAUUCUGUAAGAGCGACUGGACAAAAUGCCCUAUUCAGUCCUCGUUCUCAGGUAUUUUAUGGUUAGAAUAAUUUGAGUUUUUGAUUGAAAAAGGAUAGUUUUAUUUUGUAAAUGGUGUAAAUAACGAAGCAAAGUUGGAUUCAGUAUAGCCAAAGAUAGAAUUGUGCCAAGCAGGUGGGCGGGACCGUCCUACGUUCGCUUUCGCUACCAUGAGUCUGACUUACAUUCUUUUCCCUUCUUUUGUAUAGUAAACGGUGCAAGUUUUCGUACUGCCCUAUUGGUUUUCCACAUGAUCUCUAGCUAGAUUAGUGCGGUGCGGUAACAGAAGUGACGAUUUUUGCUUUUAAAUAGACCGAGAAUAAGAAAUUAAUAAUAUUAGUAGACAUCUAUUGUUUUAAAAAACUUAUUCCAAUAUACGUAUACAUAUAAUUCAUAAAUAUUAUAUUUUUAUCCAUUUGUAUCUAUUUUUCAUAUUUAUGUAGUACAAUACGUUAAGUAUUAAUACAAAUUUUAUUUAAUUAUGCAAUGUUCCACGAAAAGUCCCCCGUUUAUGUUUAAUUUACUUUUUUGUUAGGCUAUUGUAACUAUGUAGUAAUUUAUUUGUUGCAGUAAGGGCUAACGUGUUCUAUAAAUGCAUACAUACAUUCCAAUAAAAAAUAUGGGAUUUUUGUACCUGACGCUUACUUUGACGUUUAUUUUAUAGCAGUCUCGGUAAAAAUAAAUUGUUUAUUAAUUAUUUUGGCUUGGUAAUAAAGUAUAAAUCGUCACUAUUGUUCGGUGAAAGCUUUUGACCCCGCACCUCAAAUGUAUAUAGUUGUAAGGGGGGGCUGAAACGAAUCAAAUGCCGGGGUGAUAAAUUCCAAAAAGUAAUAGAUGAAAACAGUUCUUCGCCUUGGCAUAUUUUCGUUUCGAUAUCCAUUGGCUACAACUUGCAUGUUGAUAGCUUAUAAUUACUUUUUUUAUAUAUGUAUUUUGUAUAGGAUUCGUAAAUGUAUAUAAAUAUAGUCGCCGAUAUUUUUAAAGAAAAUUAAAGCAAUUCGAUAGGAAUAGUAGAAUAGUAAUUAUUAAGUAGCCUAUAGGAAAACUGCAUCUGUGUAGGUCGCUCUUCAAAGCGUUUCUGUGAUUUGCCGAAGAGUUAAAUCCUGUUUAUUGAUCUCUGAAAAAACAUUUCUAACCGAAUGUUUUCGUUAUAGUUUUUGUUCCCUAGUCAGUAUAGUCGUUUUGUUUUUAGCUAUGACUAGAGGUUUUUCUAAUAUUUUGCUCGUGUUAUUUGUUUUAUUAUUUUAUAGAUGUGUAUGCCAUAAGGACUGCAAACGUUUUCAUUUAUAGUCUUAUUUUUUUUUGCCUUGUACAUUACCUAAGCUGGACCAAUUCGUGAUAUGCGCCAUCGGCUGACCAAUAUAUCAAACCGUUUAGAAUUGCUUCUGAUGUAUUAUAUUAUUUCAGAUAUAAAUGUCAUAAGUUUUAUAAGUGUUUAUAAUAUAAUAUUAUAAUCAUUAUUAUAUUUUUGUGAGGCGUGCCCCUUGCGUACAGUGCACGGCCUAUUGUCAUGCCCACUGUCUCUGCUACCGACAGUCUUUCAGUGAGUUGUAGAAUUUUACACUUUUAUAUACACAUUGAUUUUAAAAAAUAAAUGUAAACUUU